GCUCCGGUCACACGUACGGAUCCAUGCAUGCGCAGCGACUGCCUCUGCCUGAUUGAACGGCACGUCCCAUCUGCUCCUGCUUCCUAAGUUGAAAGCGUCUACGGAACACUGGAAACACCAAGUGCUAGCCUAGACGACCAGAUCGCAUCGCAUCACGCCAGUGGAUCCGAUGGCCCAAAUUUAUUGCAGCCCCAAAACCCCGCGCCGACGGCCGCAUCUCGAACGCGCGCGGCCUCGACCGCCUUCCACAGCCACUACAAAACCCCUUCCCCGGUGACGCUCACCGGGUGCUCACUCCGCUCCGCACUCUCGCACCUCAGUAGCUCGCCACCACUACCGCCACCACGACAGCAACCAGGCUGCACUGCACCACUCUCUGAUCACCUCUUUCUGUGCCGUGCCGGUGCGCCCCUGCGAGGUGUUAGGCUAGAUAUCGGCGCAGGCAGCUAGCUCCCGACCGAAGCCGGUUCGAGACGAUCGCGGAGAUGAUGAUGAUGAGCGGGCGCGCGGGCGGCGGGGGCGGCGCGGGCCGGUACCCGUUCACGGCGACCCAGUGGCAGGAGCUGGAGCACCAGGCGCUCAUCUACAAGUGCCUGGCGGCCGGCAAGCCCAUCCCGUCGUACCUCAUGCCCCCGCUCCGCCGCAUCCUGGACUCCGCACUCGCCACCUCCCCUUCGCUCGCCUUCCCGCCCCAACCGUCGCUGGGGUGGGGUUGCUUCGGGAUGGGGUUCAGCAGGAAAGCGGACGAGGACCCGGAGCCGGGGCGGUGCCGCCGUACGGACGGCAAGAAGUGGCGCUGCUCCAAGGAGGCCUACCCGGACUCCAAAUACUGCGAGAAGCACAUGCAUCGCGGCAAGAACCGUUCAAGAAAGCCUGUGGAAAUGUCCUUGGCCACGCCGGCGCCGUCCUCGUCCAACGCCGCAUCCGCCACGAGCGUCACAACCGCCACCACGUCCCCCGCGCCCUCCUACAACCGCCCGGCUGCCGCCGCGCACGAUGCGGCGCCGUACCACGCGCUGUACGGUGGAAGCCCCUACACGGCCUCCGCUCGGCCGGCUGGCGCGUACCACGCGCAGGUGAGCCCCUUCCACCUCCACCUCGACACCACCCACCCGCACCCGCCGCCGUCAUACUACUCCGUGGACCAAAGGGACUACGCCUACGGACCCACAGCCAAGGAGGUCGGUGAGCACGCCUUCUUCUCCGACGGCACAACAGAGAGGGACCGCCACGCUGCGGGACAGUGGCAGUUCAAGCAGCUCGGCAUGGAACCGAAGCAGGGCCCCACGUCGCUCUUCCCGGGCGGCGGGUACGGGAACGAUGCGGCGUCAGCGUACGCCGUUGAUCUGACCAAGGAAGUGAACGAGGAGGAAGAAAGGCGGCGUCAGCAGCAGCAGCACUGCUUCGUUCUGGGCGCCGACUUGAGGCUAGAGAGACCGUCGGGCCAUGACGCCGCCGCCGCAGCACAGAAGCCGCUCCGGCCCUUCUUCGACGAGUGGCCGCACGAGAAAAGCAGCAAGGGCUCGUGGAUGGGGCUUGACGGCGAGACGCAGCUCUCCAUGUCCAUUCCGAUGUCCACCAACGACAUCCCCAUCACCUCCCGCUACCGUAAUGAUGAGUGAAACCAAUUUUCCGAGCAGUUUUGUGAUUGCUCUGGUUGCUACAAGACGAGGCCACAUCGACUUGGAACACAACGACUGGUUCUUUCUUGGCGUGCUGCUCUUGAGCUCUGUCAUUUUGCUCCAGAGAGGUGCACAGUUUGAGGAUCUUGAAAGACCGAAAACCUUCUAAGAAUGAUCAUGUCCUUUUUUUUCCUUCCUGUAAUGUUGCUUUGAGUGUUACAUUUUCCCUGUAAUUGCUUCUUAUGGUCGAGUUGUGGUGAGGUUAGCCCUUAGCACGGAUGAGGCCUUUCUGUUUUCUGAA